UGGAAGAAAAUUUAACAUUUUCAUUUAUAAUAUCAUUACAAAAUGUAAUUAUUUCGAAACCGUAAUUAUAAAAAAAAAUUUAGAUCAGUGUUCAAGAUAAAAUUGUGUUUAAAUGAAGAAUCCGAAGUGUAACGCCAUAAUAUUUCUUUGAAAAAUUCUUAAAAUUUUCUAAUUCAUGGGCAACUUGCUAGGUGGCAAGAAACGCAAAGCAAUGACGACCCCCGUUGUGAUCGCCGCAACUGCAAGACACACAGCAACGCUUAUAUUUUUCCAUGGGCUAGGAGAUACAGGACAUGGUUGGGCCACUUCUCUGGGUACUCUCAGACCUCCACAUGUUAAAGUCAUUUGUCCUACUGCACCAACAAUGCCAGUCACCCUGAAUACUGGAUUUAGGAUGCCUUCAUGGUUUGAUCUGAAAUCCUUAGAUGCAAGUAGUCCAGAGGAUGAAGAGGGUAUACGUAAAGCAGCUCAGAGUGUACAUUCCAUGAUUCAGCAAGAAAUAGCAGCUGGUAUAUCAUCUGAAAGGAUUCUUCUUGGUGGCUUCAGUCAAGGUGGAGCUUUAGCUUUAUUCAGUGCUCUGACAUUUCCUCAACCAUUGGCUGGAGUUGUAGCUCUGUCAACUUGGCUUCCUCUUCGUCAAAAGUUCCCAACAGAAGCCAUAGGAAAUAGAAAUAUUCCUGUGCUACAAUGCCAUGGGAAUUGUGACCCAAUAGUUCCAUACAAAUGGGGACAAGCAACUGCAACUUUACUAAAGCAAUUCAUGACACAUACCGAAUUUAAAACUUAUCAAAAAGAUAUGCAUAUAUGUAUUGAUGAAGAAUUGCGAGAUGUAAAGGAAUUCAUUGAAAAAAUAUUGAAACCAUAAUAGAUCAAAUCAGCAAAUUGAAUGAACUCCUAAUUCAAUCGCUGCCCUAAUUACUCACGCUCAAAUUUUUGGGCGAAAUAAUUCCAGAAUUACUAUAUUUAAUUUUAGUAGUCAAGUCGAGCAAGUAAAAUGAAUAUUUCAUGAACAACAAAACAAAAACACGACGUAGAACUUGCAGUAAAAAGUACUUCCUAUUAAACGAUGUUAAUUAUUAUCUUGCUCUCAAUAUUUAAGAAUGUGCUCCAUUUUUGCAGUUAUUUGACUCCAAGCUAAUAGUAACUAAUAACUAAAAAAGAUUUAUAAUUGCAGAAGUAAAGCUUCCCUUUUUUUUUAGAUUAUGGAAACAAUAAUUAGGGAUUGUUAGACAUCAGUUUACGUUUUGUUGGUGAAUUUAUCAUCUUUAAAACUUAUUAAAAAACCAAAAGACAAUAGAUAUAAAACAUGCAAACAUAUAUGAAAGGUAAUUUAUCCUACUUAAAAAUAAGUGCAGAGAGUGGCACCAUCUUGUCAGAACAAUUGUAGCUGUCGAUUAAAUAGAAAUGGUUCGUCUUAGCAAAGUUAUAACCCUUUUUUAAAGGUACAAAUAAUUGGAUAUUGAGUUCUUAUAAUCCCAUAAUCUGUAUCUUUCAAAAAUAAAGAUUGCAUAACUUUACUAAACCGAUAAAUGCUUAAAAUUCGAGAAUCUAUAUCUUUCAAAAAAAGGUUAUAAUUUUGUAAUUAUAUUUAAAUUAUUUGUUUAAAUUUUAUUUAAACGAUAGCCAACAAAUGUUUUGAUAAGCCGUUGUCAUUCGCUGUAGUUGUUUGCAAGUAGUUAAAUUACCAUUCACAUGUUUGCACGUUGUAUAUUUAUUGUUGUUUUGUUUUCUAACAAAAUUUUAAAGAGGUCGCAAAUACACCAAUAAAAAGUUAACUAAUGACUAAUUUGAUUUUUUUUAUGCAUAAGAAAGCAGUCGAAUCUUAAAAGUUGUGGUUUGUGUAAUUUUAAUAAGUCUGCAUAGAUAACGAUAUAUUUAGACAAUCAUUAUACAGAUUUCUUCACAGAAAUACUCUAAUACAAAACUAUUUUUCAAAGCUAUCUAUAUAUGUAUUUUCAUUUUAAGUAUAAAAUUUAACGGUGUUCUUGAACAUUGCUUUUCAAAAUAUGCAUAACUUAUUUAGAGAAACAGGUAUUUUAAAGUUAAUUAGUAUGAUAGAUAUAAAAAAAAUACUCUCCAUGUGCAACUGUUAUACCUGAUGCAUAUCUACUUAUAAUGUGCCUCUAACUCAAACCAAGAUCAAUUUUUAUGGAAUGCUUACAAUAAAGUUGCGAUUUAUACCUGCAGGUAUUCAUGUAGGAUAUAGUUACAUUUGGUUUAGAGUCAAAAACGUACAAUAAAGGAACACGUCUUUUGUAAACCAAUUGCUAUUAGUAGCAGUAGAUAGAAACUAAUUUAUUUCUAGAUAAUUACUAUAAUGGCAAAAUAUUUUUGCAUUUCGUAAUGAAUAAUAAUUUAAUCAAAACCUUAUAUGUUUUUGAUAGUAGACAAUUAAAGACCAAUUAAAAACUAAGGUACACUUUUUUUCUGUUUCACAUUCAAUUUCCUUUUUUGUGUUAUACUAAUAUAUAUAAUUUAUAAUUAGAUAAAUGAUCUAUAAUUCAGAAAGUAAAAGAACAAAAAUUGGGAGCUUGAAAAUAUUCUCUUUUAUUUU